GUUCGGGUCCUGCUCUAGGAGGCACCUGCCCCCUGCGCCCCCCGGCCCAAGCCCUGCCCCCAGCCCACACUGAGUGAGGACGAGUCUCCUGCCCCAUCACUCAGGGCAGGGCCCGGCCAGGUUUGAGUCGUGUGGGAUAACGCUGAGCACCUGGGCAUGCAGCCCGGACUCCUGGGUUCUUUUCCUCCCUGCGUGGGUUUGGAUCUCUGUCCCCCACCGUGUCCCGUGGGCUGCUGGCACUGCCCCUAGGAACAGACCCAGCCGCCAGGCGCCCUCCCGCGUAUGCCCUUGGCAGUGGGGUGCAAGCCGCCCCCUCUGAGCGGGUGGGGCCCCAGCCCAGCCACACAGAGCCGCCCUGUGCCCUCACCAGCCCGCUGGGCAUGGGGCACCUGGGCAGGCUCUGUCGCAGGCCGGCAGCUGGGGCUCCGUGGGGUCAGUGACCUGUCACACAGCUCCACCCCAGCUGGGGUAAAAUUCAACACCAGCCUGUUCAAAGGAGCCCUCUCCCCCGGCCCCCCAGCCCCCCAGGGCUUUGAUGUGCUGAUGGUCCCUGCGAAGGUGCCACUUCACACCUCCGGCCUCAGCAUAAAGCCCGGGGCUGCUGCGCUCUCCCCACACGCAGCCUGGGAAGCCCUGACGCCAUGGCCAGCUCUCCUGCCCAGCUCCUGGCCCAGGAUCUCCCGCUGCUCCCGAGCCAGGCCCUGCUGCAGGAGUGGGGCAGGGUCCCGCCCAGCACGGAGGGGUACAGCAGCUGCUCCCCAACGCCCUCCACCGACUCCUGCGGCCUCUCGCCCCUCUACCCGCUCUGCCCAGCUCCCCAGGAGCCCUGCAGCAGCUGCCCUGCAGCCCCGAGACGCAGGGCUGGCCUGUGCCCAGCCUACGGGAGCAGGAAGGGCGUCCGGGGCAGGGCGGGCGGCGGGCAGAGGCAGAGCGCCAGCGAGCGGGAGAAGCUGCGCAUGAGGAACCUGUCCAAGGCUCUCCACACCCUGCGACGCUACCUGCCCCCCUCGGUGGCACCGGCCGGCCAGAGCCUGACCAAGAUCGAGACCCUGCGCCUCGCCAUCCGCUACAUCUCCCACCUGUCGGAGCUGCUGGGGCUCAGCGAGGAGACGCUGGCCCAGAGGAGAGAGGGCCCACGCCGGCACUGCCAGCUGUGCCCCGAGGGGCUGGGGUGCUGCCAGGCCAGGACCCCUGGCCUCCGGGCAGCAUCUCCAGCCCCGUGGGAGGGGUCCCCCCCAGCUGCAGAGUCCUGGGUGUCACCCACCUGCUGCCCUGCCGCAGGGACACCCCCUGAGCUGCACAGGGCACGAAUCCAGGACGCGGGGCCGAUGCUGCUGCCAGCUGAGUUUGCAGACAUGGGUCUGUCCUCCCAGGAUCUCUCUGGCGAGCUCCUCUCCCUCCUGGAGGCCCUGCUUCCCCAGGACUGA